UGGCCGGGCCUCAACAACUGUGACAUGCAGAAUAUCACUUUUAUUCUGAAAACCUCGGAUGGGAGUUUCAUUCUCUCUCUCAGGCUCGUGCAUGUCUCCGGUCUCUCCGGUGUGUCAGCAGCAGUCAGCUGUCUGUCUGUCUCUCUCUCUCUGGACCGGUCAUGAUGAUGGUUCUGCUGCUGCUGCUCGGUGGUCUGGUGGUCUGUAGCCGGUCUGAGGUCGCUCCUCCGACCGUCAACAUCAGUCUGGAUGAGCACCCUGAGGUGCGCUGGGCUCCUCUCACCAAAGUCUUUGACGUGGACUACCUGCAGAAAGCUGCAGCAGAGGUCAUUGACACUACAGUUCCAAAAUGGGUUCAUCAUGCCAUUAAACCUAUUGUGAAGUCCUUGGAAAAGUACCUUCCUCAGCCGUACGCCGGGGAGAUCCGUGGCCUGGCCUCGUACCUUGGAGGAAACAUUUCAGACGUCAUCAUUCUCAACUUUGCCUAUGAAAUAUCUGCAUUCUGCACCAGCAUCGUAGCUCAGGACAAAAAUGGGAACGUGUUCCACGGCAGGAACCUUGAUUAUCCACAUCCUAUUCUGAGGAAUAUGACUAUGAAUGUAAUUUUCUACAAGAACGGAAAGGAGGCAUACCGUGGAACUUCAUUUGCUGGCUACGUUGGCCUGUGGACGGGACAGAGUCCGAACAAGUUUACCGUGUCUGGCGACCAGCGAGGAAGUGAACACUGGUACAACUGGUGGAAGAAUGUGGUGUCUGCUGUCAUCUUUCACAGAUCCCCAGUCAGCUGGCUGGUGAGGGAGACUCUGGAGGAAGCAGAGAACUUUCAGGAUGCAGUGAUGCGUCUCGCCAAGAUCCCCAUCAUCACUGGGGUGUAUUACAUCGUGGGCGGGGUGCGAGCAGGGGAGGGCGCCGUCAUCACCAGAGAUCGAACGGGCCCCGCUGAUAUCUGGCCCCUGGAACCCGUGAAUGGAGGCUGGUUCAGAGUGGAGACGAACUUUGACCACUGGCUUCCGCCUCCAGCUCACGACCAUCGAAGAGACGCAGCCAACAAAGCACUAAAUGCUACCGGCCAAGAUAACAUCAACAUGGAAACACUUUAUCAGGUCCUGUCGCUGUUUCCAGUGUGUAACGGAGGUACUGUUUACACAACAGUAAUGAGUGCAGCAACCCCUGAGAAGUACAAUUCACUCGUCAGGCCGCAGGGCUGCCUACCGUGAUGGGCCGUGAGCCGUCAACAACGCAAUGAUUUUUUUGCUUGAGUGUCUGAACUACAUAACGUGGCUACAUGCAGAUUCAUGAUCAUGUGGAGAUUAAUAUAAUCAACGACGUUAGAAGGGAAUUGGACUGAACCAUUAUUAGGGUGCUUUUCUGCCUCUAAUAAAAAUGUUAUGAUCAGUUUUGUCACCUUAUGUGCCUGCAAUUUAUAUGUCAAGCUUAAUAAAAUGUUGCUUUUACUUUAA